CGCACCCCUUGUAGGAAAUAGAAAGUGAAAUAGAAAGCCAGCUGCCAUCCCUUGAGUCCUUUGAAAAGGUUACCUAAAGCUCUCCACAUUGUUUAUUAAUAGGCACAUGUCCCCGAUGGCUUCUGCAAUGCCCUUGACAAUGAUGUGGGAGGAGGUCACAUGCCCUAUCUGCCUGGAUCCCACAGUGGAGCCAGUGAGCAUUGACUGUGGCCACAGCUUCUGCCACGAAUGUAUCUCUCAAGUUGGGAAAAAUGGAGGCGGUUCCUGUCCUGUGUGCCGGAAAAAAUUCCUGCUCAGGAACUUCAGGCCCAAUCUCCAGCUAGCCAAUAUGGUGGACAACCUAAAAAAAAUCAACCAAGAUGCCAAGGAGGGUACAAAGGGGGAGCAAUGUGAAGUGCAUGGAGAGAAACUUCACCUAUUUUGUGAGAGAGAUGGGAAGGCUCUUUGUUGGGUUUGUUCCCAGUCCCGGAAACACCGUGACCACCCCAUGGUCCCAAUUGAGGAGGCUGCUCAGGAGUACCAGGAGAAGGUUCAGGAGGCAUUAAGGAAACUGAGAAAAGAGCAAGAGUUUGCUGAGAAGUUGGAAGUGGAUGUUGCAAUGAAGAGAACAGCCUGGAAGGGGAAGGUUGAGACACACAGAUUGCGAAUUCAUGCAGAGUUUGAACAGCAGAAAAACUUCCUGGCUGAAGAGGAACAGAGGCAAAUGCAGAAGCUGGAAAAGGAAGAGAAGGAAGAGCUGAGAAUCCUGGGGGAGACAGAGGCCAAACUGGCCCAGCAGAGCCAGGUCCUACAGGAGCUAAUCUCAGAGCUGGAGAGGAGAAGUCGGAGCUCAGAGCUAGAGCUGCUGCAGGAGGUGAAAAGUAUCCUGGAAAGGUGUGAGUCCUGGAACCUGGAACAGCUGAAUGUUGUCUCCCCAGACCUGAGGAGUGUGUGCCAUGUGCCAGGGCUGAAGAAGAUGCUGAGGACAUGUGGAGUACACAUCACUCUGGAUCCACACACAGCCCAUCCGUGGCUCAUCAUCUCAGAGGAUCAGAGACAAGUGAGGCUUGGAGACACCCAGAAAAAGCUGCCAGAAAAUGAGGAGAGAUUUGACACUUAUCCCAUGGUCCUGGGUACCCAGCGCUUUGACUCCGGGAAACUUUACUGGGAGGUAGAUGUGACGGGAAAGGAUGCCUGGGACCUGGGGGUUUGUAGAGACUCUGUGCAGAGGAAGGGACAUUUUUUGCUCAGCACCAUGAAUGGCUUCUGGACAAUCUGGCUGUGGAACAAACGAAAAUAUGAGGCUGGCACCUGCCCGCAGACUCCCCUCCACCUUUCAGUGCCUCCACGCCAAAUUGGGAUCUUCCUGGACUAUGAGGCCAGCACUCUCUCUUUCUAUAACAUCACUGACCAUGGCUCCCUCAUCUACACCUUCUCAGACUGUACCUUCAAUGGACCCCUGCGGCCUUUCUUCAAUACCGGUUUCAAUGAUAGUGGAAGAAAUGCAGCCCCUCUGACCCUCUGUCCUCUGAGCAUCGGGUGAUAGGGAUCCACUGACUGUUGAUGGCUCUCUCUGGUCACUGACACCCCCUUUGUUGAUAUCCCCUCCUCAGCCACUGACCCUGCCUUAUUUAUCCAUGAACUCUGAACCACCUUUGUCCCUGCAGAGGUAUUAGAUACUUUGACAAGAGGUCACUGAAUAUCUGUGUCAAAUGAUCUUCAAUAUCUAUCAUUCCUGCUUAUGAUUUCCCCAUGAAACAAACUACUUAUAUUUGGUCCAAAUUCAUCUGGAUCAACCAAAACAUGUUUCUGCCUUCUUUAUGUGACUCAAGUUUUGUUUUCUCCCCGCCAUGUCUAGGCCUUUGCUCAGAUCACUGUUUUAUCUUACAGGGUUUGCAAAAGUGUUUCCUAAGUAAAUUUCAUCUCCACCUAUCCCAUUCAAUCCUUGCUCUCAUACACAUCUGGAAUACUCUUUCCAACACGCACAUAUCUGAUCAUAGGUGACGCCACACUUCCUAUAGAAAACAGUCACAUUUAUUUGUUUACACAACUGAAUUAUGCAUAGCUGAGAUUGCCAAAUCACCAUUCCCACCAUUACCUCCCAACCACAUCUUGUUGAUACCGGAGUUGGUUAAAGGGCAUGUCAAUAUACAUGGGAGUUGUGAGGGGUUUUUUUGUGUGUGUCAACUUGCCUAGGCUCUAAGCCCCCCAUUUUUCAAACACUAAUCUAGAUAUUGUUGUGAAGGAGUUUGGUAGGUGUCACUGAAGUCCAUAAUGAUUUGACUUUAAGUCAGGGAAAUUGUCCUAGAUAAGUUGAGUGGGCCUCAUUCAAUCAGGCGUGCCUGCAGAUUUAAAAUUUGUCUUGCCAGUCUCCAUAAUUGUGUAAGUAAUAAACGUCCUUGCAAUAAACGUCAAUAUUUAUUUCUUACUAGUUCUGCUUCUCCAGUUAAACUGAUUGGUGUGAAGGGCAGGAGUGAGGUUAUAGCAUCACCUAGUGACAGCACUUUCUUGAGCUUAAACUUUUGAGGUUGGCAUAAUAAAGCUCUGGAGCAAUAAUAGGCUAUGAGAGAGCCAUUAUUCUCCCAGGAACCCUGGUUCCUUGUCUAAAAUAAAAUCUCAGAUGUGCCCUCAGAGCAGCUGCUAAACAUUUCAUGAAAAAACUCAGGUACUGUAAAAGAUGUUGGUGAUCUUGAAGAGUCAUUUUAUUGAUUUUUUAAAAAAGAAAAGUUUUUUCUGUCUUAACACUGGACAGAAAGGAGGUCCAUAGGAGGGAGGAUAAGAAGAACGGAAUUCUCAGGAAAGAUGACAAUAUUACAGGAGCUAAAUCUAUCUAAGUUGGCAAAGUUAGCCAGUGCCUUGGUUGAUAAACUGUAAGAAGAUUAUGGAAGAGAACUCAGUCCUAUAUGAAUGGAGGUGUACUGGGGAAUGGUUGGAUUCCAUAUGUCAGGAAUGUGGAGAAUUUUUUUUUAAAGAAGGAUAGAUUAUACAUGAUCAGCUUUCCUGCUUCUCUAUGUCUCUGCCUUGAGGUGUGCCAAUGUGAAAUGAUGGCUCCUUCUUUUCAGUUGAUAUACUAGUGGGAGGAGAGUACCAUAAUGAUAGUAACUUAAAUAUUCUCAUUUCUCAAAAUCUGAAUACCUUGGCAUAUUGGGUUACCCUUAUGUUUGGACAGGGACAUUAUACAGGUGACAUAUUACAAUCUCCUUGGUCUCUACCAAAAUGGAUUAAGUAGUAGAGAUUUUAUAGUAUCUCAGCUUUUAUCCCCACCAAUAAUUAUUAACAAGUAAUCUAGUACACCCCUGCAUGUCACUCAAAAAUUCUCUUGAGAAACAAGGAAAAAUUCUACCAGCACCAAUUCUAAUUUUGAUUAAUAUUAUACUUUCAGGCCUUUUCC